AAAGAACCAAGUUUUUCCACUUGCCACAGUGUGAAGGUGAAGCACAAAGCACCUGUAAAGAAGGCUGACUGAUUGAAAGAAACUGUGUUGAAAAGAGGGUACUCUUGUUGAGGCUGAUGGUAAAUGUGCUUGAGGCAGCCAAAAGAAACACACAUCCUCUUUCACCUGGCCUUCAGACGAUUUUCAGAUCGGAAAUACUUGGGAAAAUAUUUUGAGGUCCUUCUGAACAUAUUUUUCUGAGAAGUGUACUGCCAAAAUGAAUUUUACAGACCCUCGUUCCACAGAUUACCCCUAUUAUUCAGACUAUGCUUCUCUGAUCAUGCCACCUUGUUCUAAGCUGGAAGUCAGGAACUUCACAAAAGCAUUUCUGCCAGUUGCAUAUUCAUUAAUUUGUAUCAUCGGCCUCUUUGGCAACAUCUUUGUGGUGAUGACUUUCGCUUUAUAUGAAAGAGCCAAGUCCAUGACGGAUGUGUACCUCUUCAACAUGGCCAUAGCAGACAUACUGUUUGUUCUUACUCUUCCACUGUGGGCAGUGAAUUAUGCUGCUGAUGAAUGGAUUUUUGGUGAUUUUAUUUGCAAAAUGACUAGAGGUAUCUAUGCAGUCAACUUCAGCUGUGGCAUACUGCUUUUGGCCUUUAUCAGCGUGGACCGGUACAUUGCUAUCGUACAGGCAACAAAGUCCUUUAAACUCAGGGCGAGGGCUCUCGCACAUAGUAAACUCAUUUGUUUGGCUGUGUGGAUAUCAUCAAUUUUAAUCUCUAGUCCCUCUUUUCUGUACAGUGAAAGUUACAGCUUCUCCAUGAAUGAAACCAAAGAGAUUUGUGAUCACAGAUCUGCCAGAGUGUCUGAAAGCACAAUGCUGAAAUCGCUGCUGCUAUGGCUACAAGUUGCAUUUGGAUUUUUUAUACCUUUCAUAUUCAUGGUUUUUUGCUACACCUUCAUUGUCAAAUCCUUACAACAAGCUCAGAAUUCCAAAAGAAACAAAGCAAUUCGUGUGAUUGUAUUAAUUGUAGCUGUUUUCCUAGUUUGCCAGGUACCUUAUAACAUUGUUCUUCUCAUAAUAGCUGUCAACAUGGGCAAGAUUGACAAAUCUUGUGACAAUGACAAGAUAAUGGCUUACGCAAAAUACACCACUGAAGCCAUAGCAUUUUUACACUGUUGUGUGAACCCUGUGCUCUAUGCAUUUAUUGGAGUGAAGUUCAGAAGUUAUUUUGUGAAGAUAAUGAAGGAGCUAUGGUGUAAGAGACACAAGAAAGACAAUAAACGUAGUUCAAGGACAAACUCUGAUACUUAUCAUUCAAGACAGACUAGUGAAAUUCUGACUGACAAUGGGUCAUCUUUUACUAUAUAAUACAAUUUGAACAACAUUAGUAGUGAAGGACUCUUCUCACCAAGAAACCAAAACCAAUGUCACUGUGCAUGUGAUAGCAAGUCAACUGAGCUUGUCCAGCGCCUCUAAAUGAGAUCCAAUAAUCUACACCUCCAUUUAAGAAAUUAAUUUAGAUAAAGGAAUAAUACUGUCCUGUGUAAAACUAAAGCCUUAGUCACUUCUCUUAAUGCUCUUCUAAACUAUAUCCUCUUGGAAUUAUAAAGAAAAUAAAGUUUAAAGAGGAAUCCUCAUCAUUGUGUAAGGAAAAAUUGUAUCUCAUCUGUCCUACAACAUUGAAAUAUCCCAAAAUAAUAAGUAAAUGAAUAAGGUUAUGUCUAGGCUCUAUCUUACUUUCAUGUUGUUUCUGUUAAUUACUUCUACCUGGAAAUCCUAGUGAAGUGUAGCUCUCCACUGUGCUUAUAUUGCAGACAGGUCACAUUGUGACAAUACUAACCCAAAGAAAUGGCAUUUGAGCAAAGCACGACAAGGAAUGCAAACUACAAAAUGAAAAAAACAGGCUCAGGACUGCUGCCAUAUCUGGGUGCUUGGUCUUGGAAAUCUUUGCCCAGUGCUAUUCUGAUCAGAGAGUGAAGCUUUGCUAGAGUUUCCUCUCAUUGUUUGGCACAGGAUUCAGAUGCUGGAAUCCAACAAAGCUGAUAACCUGAUGAAUAUCUCUUUGUAAAAAGUUGCCUCCUUCUAGCUGAAAUUCACACUCUACUUUUUAAAAGGCAACUAACUGGAUAAAACUGCAAUUAUUCUAACACAAUUUGUUGGGAUGUGAUUGAUUUGUGACAAAAUAUGAAGCAUUUCUUUGUAUUUAGCUACUGCUAGCAGAGAUUCCUUAGGAAUGCACUUACCAGCUCAAAUAUGCAUAUAUACAGUUUCAGAAAUUAGUUAGAAGUUAUUGUCUAAAAAAAGAGCAGAAUCUGACUUAAUUCAGCCAAAAUUUUUACUGAGUCAGUAUUUGACUCACUAUGAAUAUAGGAAUAUUUAUAAUAAAUGCAUUUUGUUUUACCUAGCCUUGACUUUUCAGCAAAUCCUCAGUGGAUCUUCUGCUUAUUGAGUGAGCUUUGUCACUGUUGCAGUCACUGUGGGAUGGUGAGGUAGACAGAAGCAGGAGCUGAAGAUCCCUUGAGGAAAUCAUUAAUAAGGCACAUGAAACUAGUACUGCCUUGGCUGGUACAAUGCAUCCUUGUUUCCACUGCAGUGUCAGGUUUUUAAAUAUCAGGACCAGAUAUUAUAAAGAUUGCAUAUAUUUAUCAAACCUGAAUAGCAAUUUUGCAAGAAUAUGAUAGAAAAUUAUGUAAAUACAGAUGCAUGUAUUUGCUGUACAUAGCAAUGAUGAUUUUCUGGAAGAGAAGCCAGCAAAUAAAAGUUGUAACUGAAAA